ACCAGACUACUGUUAGGGAAUAUGAACCCCUGUGAUGGGAAUCCGCCAGCUUCAUCUAAAAGAUUUGGAGGAACAGCAGCCUACAGCAAUCUGAUGGUAUUUGAUCAUCUGCUCUCCCAGGAACAGAUAUCCAACCUCUACGCAUGCGGGUCACUAGGUGAGUGCAGUUUCCAGUGUAAAGUUCCAUCCAGUUUAUACAGGCUGUGUACAAUGGACUCUUUCCAGGGCUGACCUGAGUAGCACAUAGACGUAUAUGCUGGUAACACAACCAAUUAUCAGAGAGCGCUUUUACAUUUUUAGCUGUUCUGUGUGCAUACGUUGAUGUUGUGACGCAGUUUUGCAAAAAUUAAAAGGCUUCCUGUCCUGUUAUAUUCUAAGAUAGGAAUCUGCAUACCUGCCCUCGCAUGAAAUGAACUGGCCAUGCAUGCUUGCGCUUAUUAAGAAAAAUGAGUGCCGGUACAUCUCAAGUAUCUUGAUUCUUCUCAUGUCACUGCAGAUUGGGACCUCAAGGUUCGUGAUCUCUACAUCGACGACACCUACAAAAACAUGGGCAGCCUUCGCUACGUGUGCACGGCGAGCACCUCCACUGGACCUGCAAUUCAUUGGAGUGUGUACCUCAGAGAGGAAGCGCAACGGCUGGAUCUGGGCAACUCAACUGCUGGGUGCUUUGAGAUUAGCCUGACCAGUUUCUCGCAGUGCGUUAUACAGUCGACACUGACGAUUGAUCAGAACUGCGGGCUUGUCGGUGAGGAUGACAUCAUCACUUGCACGGCCAACUCUGGCUCGGUGAAUGUUUCUCAGCACAUCCACCAAGGAAUGACCAUCACCAACAGCGGACUGGCAUACUUCAAAGAUUUUACCAUCAAUGAGAAUAUCAAAAACGACAACCAUCCGUUCAUUUGCAAGAUGGUCGACCCUCGGUUUUAGUGUUGCUUUCACCCACACAAUCUGUGCUUCACAAGUAGGUCGGUACACAAGUAAAUGUUUCACACCUGGCCUGCGAGCCCGCAGUAAGCACACUGG